AUGGCUCCACCAUUCUUUUCUGAUAUCUUCAAGAGUGUCAAUGACCUAUUGAACAAGGACUUCUACCACUCCACUCCUGCCGCUGUGGAUUUGGAAUCCGUUGCCAAGAACGGUGUCAAGUUCAACGUCAAGUCCAAGCAAUUGGUCAAGGAGGGCCCAUUGGCCGCUACCGUGGACGCUAAGUUCACCGACAAAGCCACCGGUUUGACCUUGACGCAAGGCUGGUCCAAUGCCAACAACUUGAACACCAAGAUCGAGUUGAACAACAUCACCCCAGGUCUAAAGACCGAGUUGAUGACCUCUUUUGUCCCAAACAUCUCAAAAGUUGCUAACUUGAACUUGUCCUUCGUCCAGCCUUUCUUCACCGCUAGAGGUGCUUUCGACUUGUUGAAGGGUCCAGGUUUCGUCGGUGACAUGACUUUGGCCCACGAGUCUGGUGUUGUUGCCGGUGCUCAGUUCGGUUACGACAUCGCAGCUGGCUCUUUGUCCAAGUACGCCAUCGCUUUGGGUUACGCCGCUCAGGACUACCACUUAGGUCUAAACAUCAACAACGACCAAGUCACCACCGCUACUUUCUUCCAAAACGUCUCCCCACAAUUGCAAAUCGGUUCCAGAGCUACUUUGAACCCAAGACAGACCGUCUCCAACGUCAACAUCGAGUUCGCCACAAAGUACCUGCCAGACCCUAACUCCCAAGUCAAGGCUAAGAUCAGCGACGCCGGUAUCGUAGCUUUGUCCUACAAGCAAGCCUUGAGACCUGGUGUUACUCUAGGUGUUGGUACCUCAUUCGACGCCUUGAAGUUGAGUGAACCAGUCCACAAGAUCGGUUGGUCUUUGUCCUUCGUGAUCUAA